AUGCGUCUCCUUCCCAGCAUCGUCCUUCUUUCGGCGCUGAGUCCACCUACGUUGGCCGUCCCUGCGGGCUCCAGUAUUGCGCCCGAUCCCGCAACACCACUGCUGCGGCCCGCCACCUUCUUGGACCAGCCUUCCCAACCGCGCCGGCCAUGGAAUCGGCUGCGUGACUGGGCGAUUGAAUCCCUCUGGGGGAGAUCCCGAUCCACCUCCCGGAAACAGUCCAGUCUGCCCAAGAAUGUGCGCGAUCGAUACGGGAGUGAUGUGGUCCUCCGCUUUCACUUGCGCCAUCCCCACGACGCCGAAGCGCUGGCCGCGGCCUCCAAAGUCCUGGUGCUGGAUGUGUGGGCCACCACCACGACGUAUGUUGAUAUACGCCUGGCUGAAGAAAUGAUACCCUCCCUCCUCGAUCUACUUCCUCCGUCUUUGCAGUCCAGCCACACUCCGCUCAUGGAGAACCUCGUCGACAUGAUCUACAAUACAUACCCUCGACACCUCUACAUCUCGUCAGGAACAGAGUCCGACUUUCGAUCGGGGAGUAGACGCACAGCGACCCCGCCGGUCGAGGACAUCUUCUUCCACGACUAUCAACCACUCUCGGUGAUUGUCCAGUGGAUGCGACUGAUGUCAUCCAUGUUCCCCACACAUGUGCAUCUCACCAGCGUGGGUACAUCGUACGAGGGCCGGGACCUCCACGCCUUGCGAGUCGGGGUAUCCCCCUCACCGUUGGAGCCGACCGGCCCACGCAAGACGAUCGUGGUCGUCGGCGGCUCUCACGCGCGAGAGUGGAUCAGCACCUCGACCGUCACCUAUCUCGCAUAUAAUCUGAUCACUCGGUAUGGCCAUUCGGCCGAGGUGACACGACUUCUACAGGAGUAUGAUUGGAUUCUGAUUCCGUCGCUGAACCCAGACGGCUACGUUUACUCGUGGGAAGGCGAUCGGCUGUGGCGUAAGAAUCGACAGCCCACAGGGCUGCCACUCUGCCGGGGCGUCGACCUGGACCGAGCCUGGGACUUUGAGUGGGAUGGCGAGUCAACUCGGUCGAAUCCGUGCUCGGAGAACUACGCCGGCGCCGAACCCUUCGAGGCCGUCGAGUCCCGCCGAUUCGCCCAGUGGGCGCAAAAUGAAACCGAGAGCGGUCGCGCCGACAUCGUGGGCUUCUUGGAUCUUCACUCGUACUCUCAACAGAUUCUGUAUCCCUAUUCCUACAGCUGCGCUUCGGUGCCCCCAACGUUGGAGAGCUUGGAAGAACUGGGAUUGGGGCUGGCCAAGGCGAUCCGCCAGUCCACCCACGAAUCAUACGACGUGACCUCGGCCUGCGAAGGGAUUCUCACGACGGAAGGAUCUGCGCGAACCAGCGCCGGCGGAAGUGCUCUGGACUGGUUCUACCACCACCUUCAUGCCACCUACGCGUUUCAGAUCAAGUUGCGCGACCGAGGCAGCUAUGGCUUCCUGCUACCCCCGGAGGACAUUGUGCCCACGGGCAAGGAGAUUUUUAAUGCUAUUCUGACCUUUGGGCGGUUCGUCUGGGGGGAGACACUCUUUGAGCAUGAGGAGACGAGCUCCUCGGUCAAGAUCCCAUUCAAUUUUGAACAGAAGCCACUGGCUCGGAAAUAG